AUGGAGGAGAAGCGGAAAGUCGGCGAGAAGGGGAAAAAGGGAGGAUGGGGGGGGGCGCGCGAAGACGACGAUGGAUGGGGAAUUGGGGGUCGGUUUUGUUUGUUUUUUCGAGCACUAGAGAGAGACGGAGACAGAUAUGCGGACGUCAAGGUCAUCAUCGGCGUCUUCAUCGCCUACUGGAAACUGGAGAACGCCUCAAUGGCAGUGACGCAAGUGCAAGGCACAGCCCACAUGUUUUCACUUGAGCCGGUGUCUCCGGGCGCUGCCUUGGUUUUGGUUUGCAGUCAUUUCACCGGCUUCUCCUUCAUCUACCGAAGCCGCGAGUCCAGCUCCGGCAGCAGCACAAGCUCGUCCGAGUCAAUUCGUCCUUGGGGCAGCUCCAGCACCAGCCGCGCGACGCCGCGCGACGAUUCGCAUAGCAAGAGGAAGAGGCGCAAGCACAGGAUGCCUUUCCGACAGCGCAUGGCCCGCCAUUUCGGCGAUUCUCUGGCCCCCGAAAAGGCCUACCUCAGCUACUACGAUGUCCUCCUCACCGUCGAAGACAUCAAGUCGCUUAAGAAUGAUUGGCUGACCGACAACAACAUUGCCUUUUGGGAAGAGUAUCUCGAGCACGAGACGCUCCCGCGCUUCCCCCAGGCCCGCAUCAUCCUGCUGCGACCCAGCAUGACGUUUCUGCUCAUGAAGGAACCCGACAUGCGCCAUGUCCAGGCGGCCCUGCCCGACUUCUCCAAGGUCACCCACGUCUUCCUGCCCAUCAACGACAACCGGAACGUCGCCAUGGCCGAGGGCGGAAGCCACUGGUCGCUGCUCCUGGUCUCGGUUCUCGACGGCAUUGCCUUUCACUACGACUCGCUCGGCGGCGCCAACUAUGCGGAGGCGGCCCUUGCGACGCGCAAGCUUGGCACAAUUGUCGGACGACAGAUUCGAUUCAUCAACCUCGAAGACUCCCCCCAGCAGGAAAACGGCAGCGACUGCGGCGUGUUUGUCUGUCUUUUGAUGCGGCACCUGCUUGUCAAGCGCUUGCUGGUGGCCAAUGCGCGCGAGAAAGUGUCCAUGAGCAUGGCUGGAAAGAUGGUCGAUAGCAACGGCGGCCGGAAAGAGAUGCUCAAGAUUAUCGAAAACCUGCGCAAAGAGGGAGAGCAAUUCGAGAAGCGUUUGGCUCGGCAACACGGAGGCGACAAGACCAAGACUGAGCAGUCUCCUGUUCUUCCCGAAGAUGCGAAAGAAGUGGACAAGCCAAGGGCAGUUGAGCCGAGGGUGGCUAAGCGAAAGGCUGUUGAUGCGAAGCUGAACGAUUCGGAGACUGGCUCUAAGAAGGCGAAGAGUCCCAAGGCAAAGGACUCGAAGACUAGAGAUUCGAAAACAAACAACACAAACACGACUGCCUCCAAGACGGGCGCCUCGAAGACAGUCAUCUCAAAGACAGUCACGCAACCCGAAAGACCUACAACAAAGGCAAAAUCGGCUGGCAAGGGGCAGUUGCCAUCGCCACCUUGUUCCAAUCGCUCUGCCAAAUCCAGCCAGUCAUCAAAGAGCAACUCUCCGGGAGUCUCCAAAUCUCCAAGAACUCCAACCAAAAGGUCUCCACAGAGCUCGCAGAGCUCGCAGAGCACUCCGACUCCUGUCCGCAUGCGCCGGAUUAUCCAGCCGCCUCACGAUCCCAAUAAGCCGACCCUACUUAAGGAGAAGUUUGGUCGCAUGAAGUGGUUGAAAAGGGCCGGCUCCGGCUCCAGCUCCAGCUCCAAGCCACCCGCUGUCACUGCCAACCCCGCCAAAGCCGCGCCCAUCAAGGACCGUGGCCUCAAAGCAGCCUUGAGAUAG